GGAAAACUGAACCAGGCCGGUGAAAUGUAUAAAAACAGGCCCCUCAGCACAUAAAAGUCAGUAUCAUCCCGUCCUUAGAUACGCUGAGACUAAAGAAAUACUAAGAGUCUUCUGUAGGUUAUCACACAUACAACUAAAAAUGAAGUUCUGCUUUGGAUUACUUGACACCCUUGUUUCUAAGACCUCUACCUCCUGGAUUCGCUUGACCUUUCUUUGUUCAAUGCUGUGCAUGUGGACUAGUGUAGAGUGCUGGUCCUACUUCUACUCUAACACCACCAUGCCUUGGGAUGAAGCUAGAGCCUGGUGCCAGGAGCACCACACAGACAUGGUUGCUAUCCAGAACCAGGAGGAGAUCAAGUAUCUCAACACCUGGCUGCCCCAGAAAGUCGGUUACUACUGGAUUGGGAUUCGCAAGAUCAAUAACAUCUGGACCUGGGUAGGGACCAACAAGUCUCUGACAGCAGAAGCAACCAACUGGGCAAGAGGCGAACCAAACAAUGGCAAAAACGGACUAACUAAGGGCAUGAGUGAGGAUUGUGUGGAGAUGUACAUUAAAAGGCUGAAGCAGUCAGGCAAAUGGAACGAUGAGAGGUGCUUGAAGCUGAAGACCGCUCUGUGCUACACAGCUGCCUGUAGGAACGACUCAUGCCACUUUGGAGACUGUGUAGAAACCAUCAACAGCCACAAGUGUGUCUGCUUUGAAGGUUUUAGCGGAGAGAAGUGUGAGAAAAUUGUUAAGUGUAACAAAGAGAAGGUGACCCCCCCUUACAAGGGAAGUGUAAACUGCACUCAUAAGUAUGAAGACUUCUCCUACGACUCCUUGUGCCAGUAUUCCUGCGAGGAAGGAUACCAGCUAAAUAGGAAAAAACCCCUGACAUGUACUGCCUCAGGAAAGUGGUCAGAGCAGCCUCCUGCAUGUGAAUUGGUUCGGUGUCAGGAGCUGACUCCUCCAACCAGAGGAUCCAUGAACUGCUCUGAUCCUCUGGGCCCCUCCAGUUACCAGUCCACCUGUGUGUUCACCUGUGAUGAAGGCUAUGUUCUCAAAGGUUCCCCGUCUAACACUCUGCAAUGUGAAGCGUCAAGAAAUUGGAAUUCGUCUCAGCCGGAUUGUGUUGCUGUUCAGUGCCCUGCUCUCCAGAAGCUAGGGAAUGGCAUUGUCAGCUGUGGAGAUGAUGCAGAUAUGAGUUUCAGCUACGGAAGCACCUGCAGCUUCAGCUGUGCCCCAGGCUACCACCUGGUGGGACCGAGCAAGGUGACAUGCACGUCAGCAGCUGAGUGGAGUGAGAAGAUGCCUCACUGUGAAGCCAUCACUUGCCAGAACCCAGAGGGAGAAGAUCACCUGAUCACCAACUGCAGCCAACGUUUGAAUGACCUGCGGCCAGACUCCACCUGCAGCUUCAGCUGUGCCCCAGGCUACCACCUGGUGGGACCAAGCAGGGUGACAUGCACGUCAGCAGCUGAGUGGAGUGAGAAGAUGCCUCACUGUGAAGCCAUCACUUGCCAGAACCCAGAGGGAGAAGAUCACCUGAUCACCAACUGCAGCCAACGUUUGAAUGACCUGCGGCCAGACUCCACCUGCAGCUUCAGCUGUGCCCCAGGCUACCACCUGGUGGGAGUGCACACUAUUCUCUGUUCUAAGGACGGACAGUGGACCUCCACCCCACCAACCUGCACAGUGGUUCGGUGUCAGGAGCUGACUCCUCCAACCAGAGGAUCCAUGAACUGCUCCGAUCCUCUGGGCCCCUCCAGCUACCAGUCCACCUGUGUGUUCACCUGUGAUGAAGGCUAUGUUCUCAAAGGUUCCCCGUCUAACACUCUGCAAUGUGAAGCGUCAAGAAAUUGGAAUUCCUCUCAGCCGGAUUGUGUUGCUGUUCAGUGCCCUGCUCUCCAGAAGCUAGGGAAUGGCAUUGUCAGCUGUGGAGAUGAUGCAGAUAUGAGUUUCAGCUACGGAAGCACCUGCAGCUUCAGCUGUGCCCCAGGCUACCACCUGGUGGGACCGAGCAAGGUGACAUGCACGUCAGCAGCUGAGUGGAGUGAGAAGAUGCCUCACUGUGAAGCCAUCACUUGCCAGAACCCAGAGGGAGAAGAUCACCUGAUCACCAACUGCAGCCAACGUUUGAAUGACCUGCGGCCAGACUCCACCUGCAGCUUCAGCUGUGCCCCAGGCUACCACCUGGUGGGACCAAGCAGGGUGACAUGCACGUCAGCAGCUGAGUGGAGUGAGAAGAUGCCUCACUGUGAAGCCAUCACUUGCCAGAACCCAGAGGGAGAAGAUCACCUGAUCACCAGCUGCAGCCAACGUUUGAAUGACCUGCGGCCAGACUCCACCUGCAGCUUCAGCUGUGCCCCAGGCUACCACCUGGUGGGACCAAGCAGGGUGACAUGCACGUCAGCAGCUGAGUGGAGUGAGAAGAUGCCUCACUGUGAAGCCAUCACUUGCCAGAACCCAGAGGGAGAAGAUCACCUGAUCACCAACUGCAGCCAACGUUUGAAUGACCUGCGGCCAGACUCCACCUGCAGCUUCAGCUGUGCCCCAGGCUACCACCUGGUGGGAGUGCACACUAUUCUCUGUUCUAAGGACGGACAGUGGACCUCCACCCCACCAACCUGCACAGUGGUUCGGUGUCAGGAGCUGACUCCUCCAACCAGAGGAUCCAUGAACUGCUCCGAUCCUCUGGGCCCCUCCAGCUACCAGUCCACCUGUGUGUUCACCUGUGAUGAAGGCUAUGUUCUCAAAGGUUCCCCGUCUAACACUCUGCAAUGUGAAGCGUCAAGAAAUUGGAAUUCGUCUCAGCCGGAUUGUGUUGCUGUUCAGUGCCCUGCUCUCCAGAAGCUAGGGAAUGGCAUUGUCAGCUGUGGAGAUGAUGCAGAUAUGAGUUUCAGCUACGGAAGCACCUGCAGCUUCAGCUGUGCCCCAGGCUACCACCUGGUGGGACCGAGCAAGGUGACAUGCACGUCAGCAGCUGAGUGGAGUGAGAAGAUGCCUCACUGUGAAGCCAUCACUUGCCAGAACCCAGAGGGAGAAGAUCACCUGAUCACCAACUGCAGCCAACGUUUGAAUGACCUGCGGCCAGACUCCACCUGCAGCUUCAGCUGUGCCCCAGGCUACCACCUGGUGGGAGUGCACACUAUUCUCUGUUCUAAGGACGGACAGUGGACCUCCACCCCACCAACCUGCACAGUGAGAUGCCCGUUGCUUGAGGCUCCUGAAAACGGUCAUGUUAACUGCUCAAGCAAUGAGCCAGUGUACAACUCACAGUGCUCCUUCACAUGCAAUCAAGAUUACUCAAUUGAUGGACAUGACCUGCUGACCUGUGAUCGUCAUGGCAAUUGGACUGGAGAGAAACCCACCUGCCAAGCUCCCCCAUCUCCAGUCAUUGCCAUUGCUUCUAGCGUGGCAACAGGGGGCACUGUCUUAUCUGGUCUGUCUGUGGCUAUGUGGAUCCUGAAACGACUGAAGCAGAAAGCCACCAAGUUUGAGCUGAGCAGCAACUCUGACAUUGAGGUCCCUCCACAGGUCUACAAAAACAGCAUUGACAGCCUCAUAUAAAACACCAUCAUAUUCUUCCGAGGCAACGACGGGCAACUGUAUAUGUCUUUAACAUAACUGCAUGUGAAUUACCCUUCAUAGCAUAAACAAUAUUAAUAAUUUACAUUGAUAUACAACUUGGUAACAGAAAUAUAUCCAAAACCAGUCUGUCAGAGCUAUCAAUGGUGAAAGGAAAUGUGUUUUUUUAGACCUUUGCAUUUGAUGGUUGUAUUAUGUUUUGUUGAAUUUCAUGACUGGAUUUCAUGAUUUGUUCUGUAACGUUGCUCUGAUAUUUAUUUCCUCCCAAGGGGAGUUUUAUAUUGAACACAUUGUUCAACAGCUUACUGGACAUGCUGGAAAGGUGGCUCUAUUCAUGUUAUUCUAAAUGUUACAUAACAUUGUGAGUGGAUUGCCAAGUCAUUUCAGAACUGUGAAGAAUUUCAAUGUAUGUAUUUCAGUAUUUAUGUACUAUUUAUUCAAAAGGUGCUUAUUGCAUUGGCAAUGUUCAUUCAUAUUUCUGUAUGUUUAAAGCAGUGUUGAUUUUUAUUCACAAUAAAAUUUCAAACCACCA